AUGUCUUCACACAAAGAGAACGAAGCAUGGAAGGAAGCUUCAAUCAUGGAAGAUCGCACCUUUCGACCUACUAACAGUAACAGCGGUCGGAGGAAAGUACCCUUUUACAAGGUUUUGCAGGGCAUGCCUAUCGCAGUGGAUGCAUUCAAGUAUGGUGCUAUCCCAGGGGUCACUGCCUACUUUUUGACGCACGCUCACUCUGACCAUUAUACCAACUUGUCGUCCUCUUGGACAAAUGGACCCAUCUACUGCUCCGAAGGAACCGCAAAUCUUAUAAUGCAUAUGCUAAAGGUGCCCAGGAACUGGGUGCAUGCUCUUCCGAUGGAUAAACCUACAGUUAUCCCCAAUACAGGCGGUGUACAGGUUACCCUCAUUGAAGCGAACCAUUGCCCCGGAUCUUCCCUUUUCUUCUUUGAAGGCAGUCAGACUGUCAAUGCAGGAGACAGCUCAUUCAAGUCAGCUUUUGUGGGCAGUCCAAGGGUGUUUCGUUACCUGCAUUGCGGUGACUUUCGUGCGUCGCCAAGACAUGUCCUGCAUCCUGCGGUGAAAGGGAAGCGGAUAGAUCACGUCUAUCUGGAUACAACAUACUUGGAUCCUAAGUACACCUUUCCUCCUCAGCCACUAGUUAUCUCGGCGUGUGCUGAGCUGGCAAAGCGCAUAGCCGGCGGAUCUGUUGUGGGUACCAAAAUGAAUGGCUGGUUAAGUGCUGUUACUCGCGAAGCAAAAGAGAAGCAGAAACUGGACCGAACCCUGAUGGUUGUUGGGACAUACUCCAUUGGGAAGGAACGUAUUGUCAAAGCCAUGGCCCAAGCACUACGAACCAAGGUGUACUGCGAUGCACGCAAAACAGCUAUACUUCGUUGUCAGUGCGAUCCAGAACUCCAUUUAUUGCUGACUUCAAAUCCCCUGGAUGCUCUCGUCCAUCUCGUCCCUCUUGGUGUCAUAACGUCGGAUCGAUUGAAAGAGUAUGUUGAGCGAUAUAAGGGAUAUUUCAGCCGGGCCGUAGGGUUUAGGCCUACCGGAUGGACGUACACGCCACCUGCCGGGAUGGACUUGACUCCGUCGGUCUCUACCAUCAUAACCCGCUCACAGAAGAACACAUUCGCUCACACCGACAUGCUUCCAGCACGCAGUUCUACCAGUACAUUACAGCUAUAUAUGGUCCCAUACUCAGAGCAUUCCAGCUUCUCUGAGUUGACAUGUUUUGCCAUGUCAUUUCAAUGGACCAAAAUGAUAGCCACUGUUAAUAUAGGCAGUGAGAAUUCGCGGCAGAAAAUGACAAAAUGGGUGCAGAAGUGGGAAGCAGAAAGGAAGAAGAAAGGUAAAGAUUACGUGGUGGAAUAUCGGCAGCCCGAUUACUGGUAA